UUCCCUCUCUCUCUCUCUCUCUCUCUCUCUCUCUGCAACUCAUUCAUGCCAAUUCCUGCAGCUGUCUCCUUCUUUCUGUUGCGGUGUCCUUCCACCACCGCCGUCUUGCUGCUGGCCACCUUCCGCUUCCUCGCACAAGUAGCCAGCACGUAACUGUCUCCCACACACACACACAGAUACACACACAAACACACACACACACACAGCCUGAGCGCAACAGCGCGUGCAAGGUCGAAAGUACGCAACUUUUAUGAGCGCCUUAACGGACGGAGCGGAGACACCUGACUCAGCCUUGCUCUUUGUGAUUAUCUCCCAAGUGGGAAUAGGAAUGUGGGCUACAAGUGGAACCGAGUGUCAAAGGUCAAACCCCUGCCCGUGACGGACACCAUGACCUCCGACCUGAACCUGAGCUCCCUGUUGAACGUGAGCGACCUACACAAUCAGUCACGAGGAUGCUCGCUCACCAAGACGGGCUUCCAGUUCUACUACCUGCCCACCGUUUACAUCAUGGUCUUCAUCACGGGCUUGGUGGGCAACAGCUUGGCCAUCUGGAUGUUCGUGUGCCACAUGCGCCCGUGGAGCGGCAUCUCCGUCUACAUGUUCAACCUGGCGCUGGCCGACUUCUGCUACGUGCUCUCGCUGCCCUUCCUCAUCUUCUACUACUUCAACAAAACCGACUGGAUCUUCGGCGACGUGCUGUGCCGGCUUCAGCGCUUCAUCUUCCACGUCAACCUCUACGGCAGCAUCCUGUUCCUCACCUGCAUCAGCGUGCACCGCUACACUGGAGUGGUGCACCCGCUCAAGUCCCUGGGCCGGCUCAAGAAGAAAAACGCCGUCAUCACCAGCGCCCUGGUGUGGGCCGUGGUGGUCCUGGCCAUCUCGCCCAUCCUCUACUACUCGCGGACGGGCUCCAAACGCAACGCCACCACCUGCUACGACACCACCACCGAGGAUGAGCUGCCCGGUUACUUCAUCUACAGCAUGACCUUGACCGUCUUCGGCUUCUGCGUCCCGUUCAUCAUCAUUUUCGCCUGCUACGGCAUGAUCGUCAAAGCCCUGAUCUGCAACGACAUGAAUAACGCGCCCCUGCGGCAGAAAUCCAUCCACCUGGUCAUCAUCGUCCUGGCCGUCUUCGCCGUCUCCUACCUGCCUUUCCACGUUAUGAAGAACCUGAACAUGCGGGCCCGGUUGUACUUCCAGAGCCCGGCCAUGUGUGACUUUAACAACCGCGUCUACGCCACCUAUCAGGUGACCCGCGGUCUGGCCAGCCUCAAUAGCUGCGUGGACCCUAUCCUCUACUUCCUGGCCGGCGACACGUUCAGGAGGAAGCUGUCGCGGGCCACCAAGAAGCCCUCCAAGAAGGGCGACAACGCGCUGCAGUCCAAAAGCGAGGAGACGGCACUUAACAGUCUGGCGGAGUACGUGGAGAACGGCGAGCGGCGGAUGUGACCCGACAGUGUUGGAUAACAGAACCGACCCGGAAGGGCCAUUUUGACCCCUAUGUGGAUACGCUCUUGUGAUGUGUCACACUGGCCACAAUAUUAGGUACACCAAAGUACAAGGAUGCGCCAUUUUGUCGUGAUCUCUCAUGCCCGGUCGACGUCCAUUCAUACAUGUAUUUAUGCGUAUUGUAUUUAUCUGCGUGACCUUGACUCGUCGUAGCACUUUCUGUAACAAGCUGCAUAAAGAACAGAAUAAGCGCGACGGAAAACGGAUGGAUGGAGAUGUCCAAACAGCCGCGUCAAUCAAAAGCAUCACCGUCCUUGUAAUCAUCACGCCGUGCCUAAUAUUGUGGCCUUUGCGUCAAUCCCAAGGUCUCGUACUCUGGAGUAAAAAAAAAAGAAAAAAGGUUUUGCUCUUGAAUUUGCCGAAGCGUAAAAGGAAAUUUUAAAGAUCGGAACCUGCACUCAGCAGUCACUGAGCGUGUUCUCCAUCGAGGGCCGUUAAGCAGCUUCUUUGGGGGGUCGUAAUAGACUUGUAAGGACACAACAUUAGGUACACCUAAUGAUAGUACAAAAGCUUUGUCAUACUGAUUUAUGCUACAAGACGUGUUUUGGAUCUCGUUAGAUUCUGUUCCUAAUGAAGUGUCCGGUGAAUACACUUACUGAGAUGGAGAUUGAAAUGCACUAGACUGAACGAGGGGGGAGUGGGGAGGGGGUCCCUGCCUCCCCUCUUCUCUUCCUCCCUACUGCGGACCGCUUUGUCAGCUUGCCGUGUGGCCACCAUCUUGUUAACCUGCACAGACAAGAAGAAAACAAGAAGAUCAAUGCCAACAGUAUUUUGUGUAUAGGACAUUGUCAUGAAUGUUCUCGUCGCUGUACAGGAUGUCGUUUAAUAUGUGGACGUGGAGUCUGGUAGCAAAUACUGUCGCUAAAACUUGACUAACUGUUGAUUGCAACGUGAAUAAUAAAUGUUUUAAAAGAGAGACACUUGGUGAUACCGCAUGGGCCAAUUGGAAGUUGGCUCAAAAAUGGUGCUUCAUAUAGCACAUGUUGCUUUUCCAUUAGAGCGCCUCGGUUGAUUAAUAACGGUGAGAAAGGACAACUUUGGAUAAGAUGUAACUUUUAAAAAGUUAAUACGAGAGAGGCACUCAAUGUCCUCCAUUGUUAGCGUGUCUGGUUUGCUAACUGUUAACGCACGGCCGUGUUGUACUUGCACAGUCUCGACUUUCAGUCUCUGACAUUUUUCUUCUUUACCCAAUACAAAAAAGUAAAUACAGAAUGCCCUCGUGGCUUGUUGACCGAUGGAUGAGAUCCACGCCGGGGGAUUUUUUUGCACUUUGCCGCAGUAGGAGGAAAUGAAAGUGUAAGCUGUCCUCUUUUCUUACUCGUAUCAACGGUCGUCAAUGACCUUUCGCUUUCAAAAUUUCUGAGAAGACGCAAUGGACUGAGGGGAAGAAUAAAAUAAAGGAGCAGCACGUCUUUUGUGUCGGCCAGGAAGGGGAACCAAUCUCCCCGCUUGGCAUGUGAAUAAAAACAAGCUUUCGAUUUUCUUCUUCACUCGGGCGCCUGAAGGUGAUAAAAGCCUUUGUUCUGGCUGUUUUGUUGCUUUUUUUUUUUCUUCUCAAAAAGUUAAGCGUUUGACAGUUGUCUUUAAAUCUCGGUGAUUGAUGUCUUGGCUUGUGGCUGCCCUUUGAGUCAAGACAGGAAGGACCAAAUUUGCAAUCAAACUGUUGCACAAAAACAGAUUUGAGCAACACGCUGGAUUUGCGUGAUAUUUUUGAUAGUGAUUUUUUUUUUGGUGGGGUUGUUGUUGAGUACAAGUUGGUGAUAGUUUUGUGAUAAAACCGCAGGUGGAUCAGUACGCCGUGGUCCUGUUGUUGUUGUUACCGUGACAACGGGGGUGGCAGCAUUUGCCUCGACAGUUGCUUUUUGUGAGCGGGCCAAAACGGGGGAAACGUACUGUGGGAACUAAACACAGACCCACAAUCCUGCAUUUCCUGUGGUGGAAGCCACAACUCCCCGUUACACAAUGAAAUUGACGCCCUCCGCUACACAAUACGGUAACAUUGAGUUCCCGUGUAAACGACAAUGGCGGACUUUCAUUUUUUUUGGGGAAGCAUUUACUGUAGAAGAGGUUUGCCAGCUUGGCAUAUCUCACACUUCACUGACAGCCAAUGACUCAGACUGUGUGAGUCAUUGGCUGCGUUGUGUUUUUCUUCACAUGAAUGGAACGGAAUGUCAUUUGUCACUUUUAACAAUUUGAUGACAUUUUUCAUUGCCUUCUCUUGUUUUGUUGGAUAAUAAUGAUCCAACAAAGCUGUGAUAGGAUACAAUAUAAUGUGAAUUGGUGUAAAAUAAGAGAUUAUUGUGUCUUAGAUUGGGGCGCAAAAUUCAAAAUGGCGUCGGUGAUAAGUGAUCUGUGAUUGGCUGUAAGCAAGCAAAUCAGUGAAUGGGAGGGGAGUGACAAAAGUAAAUAGACAAAAAGUAAACAUAUAAAGUUGACUUUCAGUAUCACGAUGGCCAUCCCACCAAAAUGUUACUGGCUCCGCCCCUUUUUGUCCAAUUGGGCACGUUGCAGCUCAUCAUGCUUUUUGUCCCCCUUUUAAAUGAUUUUGUAAUAUUGUACAAUUGUAAAUAACAUUAGGAACUGGUCUUUUAAAAAAUGAAAGAAAAGUCACAUUUGGCCAGGAGUACUUAGAGGUGGCGGGGGGGCAAGUAGCCCAUCCAUCAUGUUGUCAUUCAAUGUGAACAUCCAGAUUGUAACAGUGUCCACAAUAUGGGUGUCAGGAUGAUGAAGAGCGUAUGGCUGCAGCACCCGACGAUGCUAUCGCGAGCCGGCCAGAUACCCACUUGGGCCGUUACUUUCCACAGCGUCAGCCCAGCGAGUUGAAUGUCUCUGUAUGUUGGGAAGGAGGGAGCUUUUGACUUUACACGUCCAUCAUGUUGACAGCAGUUUGGGUGCAAUGGGGGGGUAGUCCCGCAUGAAUUUGUGAACGCUGCCCGGCAACUAGAUUUUUUUUUUUUUUUAAUGUCGCCAUUAUGCAGGUGACCUAACUGCCAGACUGACUUCCCAGCGCAGCUAUGUAUCACCUUUAAAGGUCAGUCACACAUUACAACGCUCUCGAGCAGACACCCGCUCAAUCUGGAAGGACCAAACAAAGUUUUAGGUGCGGGAUGAAAUUGCAUAUUUCUGAGGUGGGGUUCAUUUGCUUCGAGCGCGACCUCAAGCGAUGCAACCUGUCAUAACUGACACUUGACAUGUUUCCCUUCUGCAUUUAUGCAUUAAAAAAAAAAACUGGAAGAUAAAUUUCCAAUCUGGUGAAAAGAUGAAAGGCCGACGGCAAACGGAGCGACAUGACGGUCAAGUGGGUGUCAGAGCAAGAUGUACUGACCCGCCGGCCUGCUUGAUAAGUGAGGUGGGACUUGAGUAUUUGAGAUAAGCUGAGGUGAAAUGCAAAAGAAAAAAAAAUGAGGAGGGAGGCGACGAGAUAAGGGAACUCAAGACGCCGAAAUCUACAGUAAGCUGAAAGUUAAUAUGCUGGGUGCUUAGACAUAAAGAUGCAUUGAGAUAAUGAGAUACCAUACCAUGAAUUUGGAUGGAUCUAAGCUAGCUAGAUAAGAUCAUGCAGUUCUGCGAUCUAAAUUUCAGCUAAACGCAAUCAUAACAGUCAGUGUCAAAGUCUAGGAAUAGCACGAGUCUAAAUUGCCGCACGCCGAUUGUAGUCAUCACGUGUAAGCACGUGUCGGAAUUUACGAUCUCAGAAGACGCCGCCGCCGCCUUUGGAUGAUAUUACCGCCUACGCUCUCUCUUGCAGUGACCUGUGAAGAAGAAUGAUCCGCCCAAAAGUAUCUAUCGGGCCACUCUGUGUGUUUUCACAAGUGGAUUCAUAACACCUCAUACGCUGAGAAAGCUGACACUUGCUUCACUGUUGUUUUUCUUAUCUCCUGCUCUUGCUGUUUGUUUUGGUGUGUUUAAAGCCGGGAAGGAAGACAUUAGGGACGCGGUGAAAAAAAAUAAGAGAACGCUCCCGCUUUGCUUGUUUUAAUGCAUCAUUGCUUCUAUAAAUAUAUAGCAUAUUAAAGUGGACAUUUUAGGUAUCCGUAUUAUUUUUUUUUUACAUAGAAUAAGAGUUCCUGGCAGGCGAAAUAAAAUGUUUCUGACAUUCUUCCGACAAAAAAAAUAAUGUGCUUGUGUGUGUAUGUCCUCAACUUAUCUUGCUCCUCACAGAAGUUAAAGAAUAUCUGACGUUUUUAUUGACUGUCUAAAAGUGUUGCUGCAGCAUUUGUGUUCAAAUUGGUGGUGUUUAAAGGACCCUUGCUUGAGACUAAACGCAAAGUCAGCUAUUUUGGUUUGAAUCAAUCUUAAACUUAGACGAAGUUCUACUCGGAAAGUUGCCUGAACGUGCCGCAAUCGACUUGAGACGUUUUCCGUCUUUGAUUGGUACAUUUUUAUGUGUUUGUUUACACUGUAGCGUUUUGCCGCCCGUGAAAGCCGAUCCAGUCGUCCUGGAUUCCCCGCUAAACUUAGCUGUUGCUCCUUGACGGUGACCGAGCACUUUUUUUUCUCAGCCUACCGGCCCGCUGUCUCAUCUUACUCAGUGUGCAUCAAGUCACUAAUAUGGAAGAUAUGGAUCGGGGUGCGGGUUUGCGGGAGCGAGGAAACCGUUGUUGACAACUUAGAUGCUACUUUCAAGGUCAAGUCAAUGCCAAUGUUUGAAGAGCUAUAACCACGGAGACGUGACAUGUCACGAUGAAGUAACAAGAUGAUACAACACAACACGAGAGUCACGAGUGCCGUGUCUCUUAAAAACUCUUCUACUUCAAAGCAGUCAGUCGGUUUGCAAUAUUAAAAAAAAUGACAGCGUGAUAAAUUGCGAUAAAUGAAUUUUUCUGUCUACGAGUCGGUAAAGCUUAUAAAUGGCUCACUGCGUUGACUUUGACAAAGUGGUGUUGUCCUUGUUAAUCAAUUUGCUUUCAUAGUUUAUCUUCUUUCUGUCAGAUGACUCCAGGAAUUCCUUUCAUUUUAGAUUGAUAGUUGUACAUUGUCUGGAUCCCUAAUAAGCAUCCAUUUUAAUUCAAAGCAGCAAUUUGGAUGGAUGCAGAGAGAUAGACUGAUCACAUUCAACAAAGACUGAACAUUUUCAACAAUGAAGGACUCGUAGCACCAAUGACAUUUCACCCUUUGACCCCUUUCACUGUGGUGGUCUGUAUGGCUUAUUAAUCCGGGCCACAUAAAGUAUGAAAGCUGCCAUUGUGGAGCCCAAAUAAAGAUGCCGUGUCUUCUUA